AUGUUACACAAUCAAAUCGACCAAGAUGAAAUUCGUAAGUUCCCCUGUUUACUUUCUUUGAUAAUUUCAAUAAUAUGGGUUAUUUUGCAGCUCGUAGUUCUGUUCGCCGUAGUUUCUGUAGCUGUCUGCGCUUCCGUAAACCCGGACGCUGAAGCUCAAGUACUCAGAAGCGAAUUGGACAACAUCGGCGUUGACGGAUACAAAUACGGCUAUGAAACCAGCAACGGAAUUGUUGCUGACGAAGCCGCUCAUCUUGUCAACGUUGGAACUGACAACGAAGCUAUCGCUGUACAUGGAUCCUUCCAAUAUGUCGGAGCUGAUGGUGUUACUUACAAAGUAACUUACGUUGCUGACGAAAACGGUUUCCAACCACAAGGUGCUCAUUUGCCCGUAGCUUAAUUUGUAAUAUUUUUGUAAAUAGUAAAAAAAAAUAAA